CCGCAGGGGCGGAUCCAGGAUUUAUUCAAAGAGGGGGUUGUAAGUAUGAGAGUAAAAUUUUCACCAUCUGGAAUCCCCGAUCUCGGCGCUUUAAGGCAACAAUUUCCUGAAUCCCACUUCGUAAUAACGCUAAAUCCCGCGGCCAAUCCAUAAAUACAAUCCCGAAUCCCCCUUCCAUAUUUCUUUAAAAUCCCAAAUCCCAGGCUCCAAAAAACCCACUGGGGACACUCUCUACAAUGGCCACUUAUUUUAAUUGCUUCUUGUUAACGGCCACCUUUGACAAAGGCAAUUGCCACUUAAGUGGUCCCCAACUAUCAGUUUUUUCAGCUACUGAUGAAAAAGGCAAGAAAGGUCAUGAAAUUUGAUUCCUAUAGAGAGGAGAAGGCGUUAUAUCACAUUGCCAUGGUAGCAAAAUUUUUGGAUGACAACAAACCGAUAAAGCCACUUAAAAGUCUAUUACCUAAUGAUUAUAAUUAUUUUCAAAGGACAGAAUAAUAAAAAGAACUUCUAAGGCUUCACUCAUUGAACGUCCUAGAAUGCAAAGCUAAUGACUUUGUAGUAUGCUUUGAACGUCCUGGGAUGAAAUUUCCAACAACUUUCAACGACCUGGACUAAUACCUUUAAUGGUUUCUCAAAUGCUUCUAAUGGUAAGCUAUACUUUCUCACAGUUUUACUAACAGCUUCAACGCUUUUCAAAGUCGUUUUAACACUUAGUUGCCUUUUAUGUCACCUUCCUGAUGCACUACCUCGUAGUUGAUGACUUUUACACUCUUGGCCCUCCUGGCUCUUCUGUCGCUAAACACAAUCUGAACAAGUCUGUUGACUGUUUUUAUAAGCUUUGCAUCCCCUACAUCCAGACAAACACGAAGGGCUGCAGAUGUGCCUAACAAUCCUAAGCAUUGAACUGGACUCUCUUAAUCUGCAGGUACAUUGUAUGCCUUCCUCAGGACAAAUUUGAUAGUAUAACUGCCUUGUUGGAGGAAUGGUCACAAAAGUCAUGGUGUAAAAGCAAGCAACUGGAGUCUCUAAUAGGUCACCUUCAGCAUGCCUGCAAGGUCAUAUUCCAAGGUCACUCUUUCUUGUGUUGAAUGAUCAACCUGCUAUGAGCUUUUUGCCGCGAUGACCACCCGAUUUGUCUCAAUCAGGAGUACUUUCUUGACCUAGCCUGGUGGCAAGAGUUUUCAAGUCUUGGAAUGGUUGCAGCUUUCUUCAGUACCUUCAGUGGGCUCCACUGCCCUACUUCGAGGUUCCUUCAGAUGCAUCUGGAGCUCUUGGUUAUGCAGCAGUUUUACAGGGUCACUGGUUUUCAGUCAAAUGGCUUCCUACACAGGUCCCUCAGUCAAUUGAGUACAACCCAGAUUCUGCAGCUGCUCCUCUUGGAUUUGGAUAUUUACAGGCAGAUAAAUGCCACCUCUAUGUGCUUCUGGGUCUUGCCCCUUCUACUUGGAAAGUUUAUGCCUCUGUCUAACACUGCUUCUUGAAUGUCUGUGCUCAGAACAAUAGCCUAUCUGGAUCAGCUAUCAGCCAGUGAAGACGUGCUCAUCCUUUUCCACUGCCAUCUUGCCAAUGCUCUCCCAGCAUUCAUCCAUAAAGGUUUAUCUUUUAGAAAUCUGGUCCCUUCACUGCUGGUUGGUUGCCUUCAGUUACACCUUGUAUUGCAGGGUAUCAAACGUCACCAAAGCUCUAAUAAGUGUCAACACCAACCCAUCAUAAUCGAGCUGAUGCACAUUUUUUCCCAGUCCUUGAACUUCUCUGACUACAACCAUACAAUGCUUUGGGCUGCCUGCUGUCUUGGGUUUUUGGGUAUCUUAUGUACUGGUGAGUUCACCGACAAUUCCCACUUCAAUCCCAACAUCCACAUUGCUGUCAGCGAUGUGCACAUUAACAUUAAGUACUCUACAAUGGACCCCUUUCGCAAAGGUUGCUAUAUCCACAUUGGUGCUGAGAAACAUAAUCUCUACCCCAUGAGCCCCCUUACCCAGUAUAUACAUUUCCGUGGCUCAACGUCUGGCCCACAUUUCAUUCUAUCUGAAUUGACAAUUGCUGAUAUCUGGUAUUCAAUCCACCCUCUCCGCUGCUGGGGUCCCUGGUUGCUACAUUGGUCAUAACUUCUGCAUUGGCACAGUCAUUUCAGCAGCCUCUUAUGGCUUACCAGAUCACCUCAUCAAGAUACUUAGCAAAUGGUCCAGCGAUGCAUAUCAGAUCUACAUCCACACUCUCAUCAGUACUAUUAUGGGGUCGAAAGCCUACUCAGCUGACAGGUUAUUUCUUGCAUAUCUUUCUCUCUUUCUUGUUAUUUUUGUAGGGUGCUUCGGGACUUUGAUAGUUCAGGGCCAGGGCUUGCAGUUUAGGGCUUGCAGUCUGUAAGGCAUUGUUUAUAAAGUUAAGGUUUUCUGAAAAUAGUCUACCUCUUCUUUGAAUGUGUACCGCCGUGGGGAAAAUUAUUGUCGUCAAACUGCCGAGAGGGUAGUGUGGUUUAUUAGUUGCAAGGAUAGGUCACUAAAAGAAAAAGGGAGAGUCCUUGUGCAGCAGUUUGGUGCAACUGCAUCCUGUUUGCCUUACUGAAAGUAAGUGAAAGGCAGGCUACUGCUGAGUAGAUUCAUAAAGAUGUCACAAGGUCUUGAUUGAUAGCCUAGAGAGUACAGCUGGUAAUUACUGUACGUUGCAUCCGUGCAGUUCAGCACUAGUACAUGGAAAUAGAAUACUGGUAAAAAAUGUUUUACAUCAAACCUGCCAUUAGAAAGUUUGUAGCAGUCAGGUAUCUGCAGGUACCUUGAUCUACUCUCAGUAGACAGGGGGUUCAUUAAGGUUUUGAACAGGAGGGCAACUGAGUUUGACACCUGGGCAAAGAAUUGGCAAGGCCCUCCAGGCCUUGCUCCCAAGGGGGGUCUGGGGGCAUGCUCCCCCGGAAAAUUUUGAAAUUCUAUAGUCGCAGGGAUGUGUUUUCCUGCAUUUUGAAGCUGCAGACAAUGACUUUCAACAACCAAAAAAAGAUAACUUUUCUAGACAAUUUAAUCAUGAUUUGAAUCACAAAAGUAUUAGUUUAACAACUUAUCUUUAAAAUUUCAAUGACUAGAUGGGAGGAGCACUGUUUUAACGUGAACGCACCGAAAAUUAAUUCAUUGGCGUAAACCAUAAAACGAAAACAAAUGACGCUUCGCUUCGUUGAACAUGAUAAUUGAGCCAUUCAAUAUACACAGGCAAGUAAAAGGUUAAAUCACAAAGAAGUCUACUCACCUCUUGGCCUUUUCUCUACUGGAGGCCCUUUGGUUGAAGCCGAAAAAUAAUCAGUAUUCUGCUAUCGAACACGUUCUUUUCUGGGCUGCCAUGCUCACGUGCUCGCAACACUGAUACAUUUCAGGUGGUCGCUUAUGAAGCACAGUUCUUUUCACAAUGUGUUAUCGGGCGAUUCUUCUUUUUAACACAUAACGAACGAGGGGAUUUCAUGCCGCGUGUAAAAAAGUGGAAAUUGCACGGCAAAGUAUGUUUUACACUCGAUAAGACUCACGAUUGUAACUUAAAACUGUUUUUGAUUGUUCCUUGUAUUAAAAAGAAGUUCUUUGAGAUGUAAAGCAGCCGGGCAAAGUCGUGUUCACAGCCGGUCAAUUUGCCAGGUGCCCGGCCCUUAAUGAACCCCCUGAGUAGACUGUAGUUUGUGCAGCAAGGUCUCUUCCAUAGGGACUAGAAUUAUUGAAUGGUUCUUGGUAAGUUGGAGACUCAUAGCCACUAUAAGACUGGAGUACAUGUACGCUAUUGUGUAGCUUUGAUUAGGUAGCACCUGAAGUAUAGUGCACCAUAGUCUGCUGUAGUGUAGAAUGUUAAGUUGCCAUUGUGUGAGUAGUCUGUUUUUUAAUUGGCAGUGUAAUUGGGGCCUUGGCUCCAUCCAUCACAGGUCUCCACAGACCAUAGGUCUUCAUACAAUCGUCAUGUAGGUUGUUAGCAACGUUAAAACAUUUGUCAAAUUUUCCUGCAAAGCAAUUCAUGGUGAACAAAACAUUCGUUAAAUUUUGGAGAUUAAAAAAUGGUAAGGGGCUGAGACUAGGGAAAUACUUCUCAAAAGAGAAUACACUUCUCCAGUGUUAAUCUAAGUCCUCUACCUGGAAUCGCAUUUUUAAGACAAAAAAUUUAAUUAUCCUUUAAAAGCAUUAAUUUUAAAAGACUCUCUGACACACUAACCUGAAAUACACUUACAUGCACGUCUGUCUGCAUCCAGUGCUUAAAACAACACCAAUCAUGUACCAGUACAUAUAAAAUGUAGCAACCAUUUCUUGCCUGUUGGAAGUUAAGGAAAAAAUGAAACAGUUUACAUACUGUGUACAUGUAAGAAACGUAUUAUCAAACAAAAUGCAGAAGGACGUUUGGGUCAUUAUAUGUUUCUGGGCCAGAACUGCCUGCCUACCCCUCCACUAAGCCAACAGUUUACCCUUGAAAAGUUAGUGUUAAUGUUGGCCAAGGGGAGGGAUACAUGUAGGCGGGCAGCUUCCCAAAAACGUAUAAUGAUCUGGAAGGUUUAACACUAAAUUAAUUACGAAUGGCUAAUUUUCAUAGAAAAGGGCCCAAAAAUAGGUUCAGUCAGCUGGUUACUUUUUUCAGCAUUCAUCAAACCUUUACCUUUAAAACAAAACAGCCCAGGGGUAGUUUCAAAAAGGAAGCACUCAAAAACGAAGACCACAGCACACAGCACAAAACAUCCAAAUCUCAAAAACAAUUUAAAAAAGGCUUAAAAAGGUGGAUGAACCUUUAUUGACAUAAUAGCUCAUAAUUAUUUAAACUGUAAACAUUUUCACCUUACCUAUCAUUCUCACUAUACCAUUUUGUACCUACACUAACAAUUUUUACAUGUACUUUUUUCACAGGACCUUUUAUAGGGAUAACCUUGUGUUUCUCUGUUUCAAAUAUGUAUCAUGUUUAAAUGUAAAUGUCUUUGAAUAAAGUAUAACUAUAAAGACUUGAUGUUUCAUGUAUUUCUGAAGGAUUCUUGCCUACAGUUAGUUUCUCCACAGUCCACUUUCUAAUGCAUUUUCAUUUACUAUAACUGCUCAAGAAAAAUCUUUUGGGUUUAAUUUUAGUCUCUAACUAAAUCACAAAUCGUUCUUGUUUUCACCGUCCUUUUCUUGAAGUUUGCAGUAGAUCUGGUGGCCCUAAGAAGUCCUCCCUUUCAAACUUGCAUCGCAAGUGUGUAUGACACUGUUAUAAGGCAGUUACAGAAAUCACCUUAUUUAGGUAAGGGCCGCUUACACCUAAGAGUUAUUGUUGAUCACUGCAAAUUUUGGGGGGUUUUAAUUCUUUUUAUCUUGCAAGCAGAUCCUGGGAGGGGGAUACUCUGGAUUUCAAGUGACAGCAACACUUGAAAGAUUUCUCUGGGUUUGAAAUUUUCAGUUCGGGAUGCUUUUGGGUAGGAAAAUUUUGGCAAGAAUCUUUUGGGGUACUAGCUUGAUUUUAAGAAGGGACUUUUUUGGGUGUUCAAAACUAAAUGGUCCUAUUUUCGUGUUAUAUCAUUUAAUGCUUUCUGGAAAAUUUUUAUGGUUCGGAAAUUCGGUUUCGGAUUUUUGGGGAGUUAAAUUUUGGUGCAGGGAUUUUUUUGGGUUUUGAUAUUUGCCUCCAUUCGAUCAUCCCUGUCACUUGAAAUCCAGAGGCCCCCCCCCCCCAGGAAGCAUAUCAGGUUCAAUUUCAUUCAUUUCCUGCAUGAAUUUCUAUGGUAGUUCUUGGACCAAAAAUGGGCCAAAGGAACAUGAAAACAUAAUAUGUGAUCCUCCAUAUGAUUUCAGGGACAAAGGUGAUAACAUGCUCACACCACAAUUCCACUUUAAGCAAAAGAAAUUGACUUUCACAUGCUUACAAAGCACACUAGAGCACACUUUAAUGAGGCUAUGCUUUUGUCUCAUAAUUAUAACACACUAAAAACAAUAAAAGGUGCAUCAUAGAACAAUGAAGCGUGAGCAGCCUAACACGGAAAGUGUGUUAACUUUUGACAACAAAAGCUAGCGUGCAAGAAGACACCAAACUCAAGCGAGCAACUUAGUGUGCUACAUGUACAUCGCAUGCAAACUUACUGGAUGAGAAGUGAAAGUAACAUUAUUGUAACACAAUCAUCGUACAAUCAUUCUUAUCUGAAAGCCAAAGCUCUUAUCAGUAAAUAAUUAGUCAGCUUCAUGAUCAGAAAAACAAAGCUGAAACAUUUUCUACAAAGGAGUCAAGGAUUUAAACCAGACUCUUUGAAUUUUCGGCUCAAGUGGAGCCUGUUUUUUUUCCCAAACAUCACAAACGUAUUUCUUUUAGCUUUCUUUGAGAGCACCUUCAAUUUUAAGGUAGAAAUAAUACUGAACGAAUUACCUCGACCGCAUAACAUGAGCUAACACAUCAAUAUAACCAAGUUGUUGAUGAAUCAUAAAACUUAAGCUAGAAAAUUAUUAUUAUGAAGUCUAUCUUUUGAAGUGUAGAAAGUGUGUUUACUUUUGGAGCAUAGCCUGUGAAGGUAGAUGUACAUAUUUGCGUUCUUCUCAUGUGACAGGUUGAAGAAAGAUUGAAAUACAGCUGCCGAGAAUCUUUUUCUGGUUUUAACUGUAAUGUUUUUGCGAUGGGAUAAAACCGCAAAGCACACGACAAAAAAGACAAAGAUAACACAGAAUAAAUGAUCUGAGAAAUUUCUGAGUGUCCCGUCAAUGUAGCAAGACAAAACACUACUGCUUCGAUUGUUACAAAUCGAUACAUGUCACAUGUAAUCUGAAACCUCUCGCUUUCACACACAUCAAAAGUUUUUUCUAGACCUAAUACAUACAACAGUAACCUAACAUUUUUAAAAGCAAGGGGAAACAGUCAUGAUUAUAAUACAGUGAAACCUGUAUUAUGCAGACACCAUAUUAAGCGGACACCCUCUAUUAAGCGGACACUAGCCGAAGUCCCCAAAUUUAUUUCCCUUAUUUUCUUUAAAUGAAACCUUUAUUAAGCGGACACCUCUAUUAAGCGGACGCGGACACCUAAAAAGUACGUGAAAUGGUCAUUUCUAUUGUUGCCAACCUGUAUUAAACAGACAUUUGUAAUCAAAUUCCACCACCCAACACGCUAGACACCGGAAAUGCGAAAGAUUGCCUCCAAUUGCCACCCACAAUUUUUUCGAUUUCACAUUAAAAAACAUGACUUGGCGAGCUUAUUUGAUUAGUUUCACAGUACAGUAUUGUUUUCUUUUUCGUUUUGUUUGUAUAGAGCUUGUUUCAGUCGUCUGAUUUCUUCAAAUUUGAGUUGCAAUCUAUGUUUAUGGUACUAUGAUCAAUUGGUCCACUUUGAUAAAGAAAUUAAUGCAAAACGUACAUCGUCACAGUCUCUGGGAGUAUUCUAAACGUUUCCAUUGUUCAUUUGAAUGGCAUUUGACACCUCAUAUGACGUUAUCUAUCAAAACCUGUAUUAGGUGGACACCCUGUAUUAAGUGGACACUACAGCAUUCCCCGAGGGUGUCCGCUUAAUACAGGUUUCACUGUACUGAAGGUUUUUCUAAGACUUGUGGAUUCAUUCGAGAUCAUUGUUUUAGGCAAGAAAUAUCAUCUGCACUACAGCAGAAGUCUCAGAAGAGAAUUUCAAGUGCUUGUUUGUUUACUUUUUAUCGGUGGACAUUUUUUGCCUAAAGCUGGCGAUCAAAUGUUUUACCUUUUCAUUGCAAAAGUGCAAAAAGAGCAGGGAAUUUUGUUGUUUGUUCACUGGAAGUUGGCAUGA